GGGAAAUAGACCCGUGGUUUUCAAAUCGUAACGUUACUAUUUUUAACUAAACGUUAUGUAAGUUUAUAGUGUAUCCAAUCUUACUGUCAGAUCCUCUUAUUUAAGUAUUUAUUUCAUCUAUAGAAUUUAAUCCAAAAUGGUACAGCAUUCGUUGACAAUGUAAACUGUAUCUGUUGGUUCCGAAAUUAGUUAAUUCAAAUUACAUUGAAGCAAUGCCUGUUUUUGUUAUUCAACAAGUUGGAAUUCAGUACUCGGGGUUUCUAUGGUUAUUCGUGCAUUUAGUAACUCGUUUCAGUCAUCUUUCUUGCUUUCAUUGCAAUGAAAGUGCUCCACCAGAAAAUCUUGUAGUGUUUAUGCAUACCAAUAACCAUAACAGUCAAAUUUAUUCAAAUCCUACAUUCACAAAUUAUCUACGAAAUGCAACCUACUUGUUGAUUGACAUAUGGUUACUUUCAUUAUAAAUACUCAAAUAGCAUACGAUUAAUUAUUAGCUUCAGUUGAUUAUUUUCAUCUCGUUAAUUUUUACGAUAAAACAUUGCUUUGAAAAAGAUCUUUAUUUUCAAUGCUUCAUAAUAAAUCUGAAUCAUUUGCACCUUCUGUUGGGAAUGAAUUAACUAGAAAUUUUAAGAAUUUUGGUGAACCUGUGUAUGUAAAUGUAUAUCAUUUGCAUUGGCCUAAUGGUUUAAAAAUGGGUGCUUAUCAUACUGGAACUGUAGUAUACGAUAGAGAAUUCGGUUUUGGUGGACAUCCAUUUGCAAGUAGUGGUAUCUUCCAGACUACACCAAUGGAUAUUGAUAGUUUAGGUGAAGAAAUUUCAUUCAAAGAAAGAUUAUAUAUGGGUCGGACGUAUUUAUCAAAAAAAGCUGUAGAACGUUUACUUGCUAGUUUGGCUGAUGAAUUCCGUGGUGACGCUUACCAUUUACUACAUUUCAAUUGUAAUCAUUUCACUUCACAGUUUGUUGAUCUGUUAUGUCACGGUGUUUUACCUAAAUGGAUUAAUCGAUUAGCUCGUAUUGUAUCUGGAUUACCAUUUAUUGAAACCUUUCUACCACCUCACUGGAUUCGACCAAGUUUAAUGUAUGACUGUGAAUUCGAUGAUUUAAGUAAUGAUGAUGAUGAGGAAGAAAGAACAAUAGAAGAUAUAAAUCAGAAUGAUCAAAAUGCACAUUUGGUUAAUGUAAAUAUUAAUAAUAACAAUAAUAAUCAGAUUGUUUGUUACAAAAACGAAGAUGAAGAUCUCUCCAUAACAAAGUCAUUUACUGAGAAACCAUGUUUUCAAUUUGUUCAUUCCACAUCUACAAAUAAUGGUCAUGUUCCGUAUAGAACUACUAAUAGUACAGUGAAUAAUGAUGAAACGUCUACUGACCAUUCGGAUAACCAUCACCAUGGCUCUUCAUUAUUUCAACUAAGGAUGGUUUAGUUUUAAAAAUGAACAACAAAACUUGCCUUUUUUCCUUACAUUUUUGCGCUCAAUCAAUGUAAAAAAACAGUGUUACUGUGUACAGAUUGAUAAUAUAUCUUUUCAAGUCUAUCAAAUGAACAGAAGGAAUGAUUACUUUUCAUUAUUUUUUGAUUAAUUUUACAUGACAAUAUCUUAAAUAUACUGAAUAAGUUCUGUACAUUCCAGUAUAUAUCGUUUUUCUAUGAACUAUGUAUCUUUCAUAUUCAACAGGAUCUGUAGUUUGUGUGUUGAAAAGAUAAUUUGUUACUUUGAUCUUCAUCAAGUAUCCCCGUUUUUUUCUAUGAUAGUCUUUCAAAACUUGUGUUGUUCGCACUUGUUGUCUGGUUAAUUAUCCGUUUACUGAUGUGAAUUUACUUUUUUUUCUCAAUUGAACUGUUUACUUUGCUAAUUCUUUUUAUUAUUAUUUUCCGCUUAACAGUUCGAGACUCCACCAUCUUACCAAUUUCCUCUUCUCUUUGAUAAAUUAGGUUAUUUUGUAUCACUGAUUGUACUGUGGAUAAAUCUUCCAUUAUUUACAACGUUACCAAUAUGUUAUACAUAUAUUUUUGCUUUUUUUCAAUUCAAAAUGAAGUAUCCAUUAGAUUAUUUAAUGCUUUGUCUAACCCAUAAAAUUUGUUUGAUCUGAUUAGGGUUUUUCGUGUUGAUGGUAACAUUCAGUUUUGAUAUUCUUAUAGUCUUUGGUGAAUAUUAUGAACAAUGCUGU